AUGACAUAUAACAUAAAUUUUAGAGCACAGUAUAUUGAUGGUUUGUCAAAUGAGGUAGCUGAUGCUAUAUCUCGUAAACAGUGCACCAAGUUCAGGGAGCUGGAACCCGGGGCUCAGGAGGGACCAGAGGCCUUGCCAGAGGGAUUUCUGCAGUGUAGCUAUCGACCUCCGAUCAGGAAAGUUCCGCCAGAUUAUUGCCUUAGUAUUCAAUUCUCAAUAACCCUUUUCACGAUAACUGCGGUCCUGAUUUUCGCGCAUGCGUGCAAACGCUUCCGGACGGCAACCACUUUGUUUACGUUUUACAAAGAUGGUUGUACCAAUCGACAGGGGAAGAAUGCUAAAGAGCGAGGCGUUAGUUUUUUUCGAUUCCCCAAGAACAAGAGGAAAAGAAAGGCAUGGGAAAAAGCUGUCAACAGGGCAGGUUGGGUACCAAAUGAGUACAGCAGAAUGUGUUCUGAACACUUUGUAGGCGGGUGGCACAGCGACGAAGCAAACGACAUCAACUAUCGGCCGACUAUCUUUCCACAUAAAGGGAAAGUCCCGUCAAUUGAAGAGAGUGCCCGAAAUGAAAGAUGUUGCCGAAGGAAACUUCUACUGGAAAUGGAUGAGGCGGAGAAAAGAGAAAGACAGACACUCCAUCAAUGGUUACAAUAUAGAAUACACUUUUAUUUACAUAAAAUAGGCAUACCAGGUAGUAUUAAUAUGAGUUUGAUUUCCAAUUUCAGUUUCCUUCAACCAAAAGCACAGAGGAUGAAGUACUGGAUUGGGUCUAACACUGCCCAGGCUUCAGACAGAUGUAGAUCUUCAACUGGAUCUUUACAGCUCAUUGAUCAACUUUUUGCUGUGUUGAUGAGAUUGAGGCUUGGAUUGUUUACUGCUGACAUUGCUGAAAGAUUUCACAUCUCUGAAGGAACGUUUUCAAAAUAUUUCUCUACAUGGAUAUCUUUAUUGUUUCAGGAACUAAAGCUCCUUAAUCCCUUUCCUUCUCGAUAUAUUGUUAACAGAACUAUGCCAUCAUCUUUUAAAUCAAAGUAUCCUUCUGUUAGGGUUAUACUCGAUUGUACAGAAAUUUUUAUUCAGCGAUCUUCCAGUCUCCUUAAUCAGUGUAUAACAUUUUCUAGUUAUAAGCACCAUACAACUGUGAAGUUUCUUGUUGGUAUUACACCAUCAGGUGUUAUUUCCUAUGUAUCAGAAGGAUGGCCAGGCAAAACGUCUGAUAGAUUAUUGACUAUUGAGUCAGGUAUUUUAGAUCUUUUAGAUGAAAAUGACAGUGUAAUGGCUGACACAGGGUUUACAAUCAGAAAUGUGUUAGAAGAAAAAAAAUGUAAACUGAAUAUUCCUCCAUUUAGAGGUAAUAGUCCACAGUUUACUACUGAACAGAUUUUUGAAACACAGGAAGUUGCAUCUUUGAGAAUACAUGUGGAGAGAAGUAUAGGUAGAGUGAAGAACUUUCAUAUUCUCGAUGGUGUUUUUCCUUUGACCCUGUCGCCACUAGUAUCAAAAAUUUUCAAAGUUGCAUGUUGGCUCACAAAUCUAGAUGUCCCACUAGUCACCAACUAAACAUUUAUCAUUGUAAGAGCUUAUUCAGGACUGUUUGGACUGGUUUCAUGGAGAGAACAUGUAUAAUUCUGUUUGCAGAAUUAAGCUGUAUUCAAAUUACUUAUACAUGUAUGUCUUGUUUUCCUUUUAUCACAAAGCAACAGUAUUUUAUGUAAAUCAUGUUGAAAACACAUAGAUUUAAGAUUAUGACUACUGAUUAUUACAUAACUAACUCAUCAUCAGUGUCACCACAUUCACUUAAUAUGUUUAAGUGAACUGUGAACACACGUUACAAUCCUGUCACAUCUGCCUGGUUAUUGGUUUCUAUUGUACCAUUUAUAGUGUUGUGCCAUCUUGACAUCGAAUGUUUUCUGACAUCAUCAAAGAAAGAUGUAUUAAGUGAAGAUCACCAUUUCAGAUUUUAUUUUGGUCUGAUAAAAUACCUGGUUAUGUGAAAACCUGAAUUUUACAUUCAUGUCCAUAUUAAAAUUAAAGAUACCAUCAUUACAUUACAGGUAUAAAAAAAAACAGGAGUUCGCACAAAGACAAUACCACAUUGUGCAACAGGCAGUCAUACACAACCUCUACACGAACCCUAUAAACAGGCCACACACUUCUUAGACUUAACAUCUGAAGUUACUAUUAGUCUAUUAUUAUAGUGGACAUAUAGAAACACAGCAGUGUCUUUUUCCCAGUCAUUUUGUAUAAAACAUUUUGACCUCCUACAACUGGUUUACAUGUAUUCUUGGACACUUUUACAUGAAUUACAUUACACAUUGAUGUAAAACUUUGGUGCAACAUGGUUAACAUAAAAUGCGAUAAGUUUUGGCAUCAUACUGCUAACAAAUUCUGCAUCAAAGUACACUCUGUCAACACAAAUGUUAUUUUUAGGAGCAUUUGUCCAAACUACAAAGUCACACCAUGGCAAACCCAUUAUUGCCAGUUCACCCUGUACCUGAGCGUAGUAUUUGUGGCUUCUUUUCAGUCGUGGUCCCUCUGAACUUGCCUCCAAACAGAAAUUUGGAUGUCCCAUGGCAACAAUUUCACAGACCUCCAAUGAUGUGACUGUGGCUCCCUGGAUUGAAUAGGGACACUUUAUCUCUAGUAUACCCAUAUUGUCACCAUCAACAACCCUUCCAUCACUAGAGGCACCCAGGUAAGCAUGAGUAGCACACAGAGUAAGGCCUGUAUCCUCAACUCCUAUCUGACUGCUGAGAGAAGACUGUAGGUCUAUAUAGUCUUUUCUUGCCUGUGGCUCCUUUUCUAUUCCCCACUGAACAGCUGGAGGUAGAACGGUGUACCUAAAAUUCAAGAGCAUCAUGUUAAAUAUGGAAACAUUUAAAUAAAUAUUAUUCCAGAUCAUUUAAAAUAGUACAGUAUUUCAGUUAUACCAUGACAACACCUAGCUAAUGGAUGUUACAGUGAAUGAUUAUUUAAUGUGGCAAGCCAAUGAUUGAAACUAAAAGUUGGAUAAGUAUUCUCAUUUGGAAGAUUUGAAACUAUAGCUGUGUCACUGGCAGUCCAUGAAGCUAAAUACUGGAUACCAUUCAACUGAAUUGAGAUCAUAUGCUGCAAGCCAUGUCAGGGCUGGUUACAGAAACUUUGGGAGUCAUUUUGGUUAAGUGUUAUCUGUAUAUUUAUAGUGUCUGAACAAACAACAACUUACCUAUUAAGAUUUGACCCUUCUACAAUUUGUUUAACAAGAGAGUUUGGUUGGGGCCCAGCAUGUAGAACGUCUCCAAAAAUAGAGCUAGUCAGCCGCCCAAUAUGGAGCUUCUGCCACAUGUCUGAAGAUCUCUGACCACGCGUAUUAAUCUCAAUAUACUCUACCAGGUCCUGGCCAAUUGAAAGUUGGGGUACUACAAGAAAUAUAAGUAAACUGUUUUAAACAAGUAGGAUCACUGCUCCCUUUUCUGUACAUCUGCAACUGUGUUGAGACCAUAUUCCAUAUGUGGAAAACAUUUCAUAUCAAAAAUUGGAUUUCAAAACAUUGGAAGUAGAAUUCUCUUAGUUUGUUUGCUGUCUAUUGUAUGCAUGUAGGCUUUGUAAUGUACUGACCUCUUUUAAGAAAAAUUCACAUUAAAUUUCAAAACAAAAAGCUAAUUGCAAUCCUUUUAUCAAUAAAUAACAUUUAGCUUUUAAAGAAAUCUUACAGUUGCUGUUAGAGUAGAUCAUGUUUUUCAUCUUUAAAAACAUUGGAUUUUCCACAGCCUCUAUCUCCUCUUCUUGAAUAGCGUCUGGAACAUGGUCACCAAUGUUCCACAAAUGGGACAUUCCUGAAAAGGAACAUUCAGUGUUAUUUAUGUAAAGAAUACAUACAUGUUGAUAGAUGAUAUGAUUACCUUGACUAUUAUAUUCAAAUUUGCAUUUUUAGAAAUUGUCAACAUUGCUUAUAUAACUUGUAAACUGUCAUUAUGAUCUAUAAUAACAAGAAGUGUUUAUACGUGUAUCUUUACACAUGUUCAAAGUUAAUAAUUGAAAGUUAAAGGUAUUAAUGUAUCGAAAUGCAAAAUUUGCGACAAUUUUUAAUCGUCUGGUAAGCAUAAAUAUUUCAGUGGUUUCUGUAGACAGUGCAUGUACAUAUAUAUAAGCAUAUUGGUAAGGAUUUUUAAAAAAAUGAGGUAUAUGAGUCAAUUUAACUCAUGUUCAAAGAAACGAUGGCAUUGCCUAGCUAUUAGUAUACAUACUACAUGUAACUGGUUGCAAAAUAUUAAUUUGUAUUUCUGUUUUUCUGUUGAAUUUUGUUUGACAUGUUAUUGUUAUUAAAGUUUCCAAUUAGGCCUACAUAAAAUGUGAAAA